AUUGAGUCAAGUAAUGGUGAAUGGACAAGAAGAGAACUUAGCAUUUCAGCAAGUGGCCACACAGUCGUCCAUGUAUGAGUCCUGGUACAGCAAAAACGCAGUGGAUGGUGUACAUGACAGCUGUUCUCACACAAACCCACAGACCGACCCGUGGUGGAGAGUGGAUCUGAUGAAAGUAUACAGAGUGAACAGAGUGGCCAUCACUAACAGAGUGAGCCCUUAUUCUGAUAUAGUAUCCAGAAUAAAUGGGGCAGUGAUUCGUGUUGGGAACUUCCCAGACGUUUACAGCAACCCAAUAUGUGCUGUAAUUUCUACUCUUUCAUCUGGAGCCACUGCCGACUUCUCAUGCGGUGCGAUGAUGGGACGUUAUGUGAUCGUUCAUAUUCCUGGAGUUCAGAAGAUUCUUACUCUCUGUGAGGUUGAAGUCUACAGGUAUUUGGGAGGAAAUCGGGCAUUAGAUGGAGCCACUACACAGUCAUCAACAUCACCAGGGAACUGGUUUUCUGAAAAGGCCAUUGAUGGUAAUCAAGGUCUCCAGCAGUUGUAUACGGGAUGCUCCUCAACUCUCAAUGAGUCUAACCCAUGGUGGAGGCUGGAUCUGCGUCAUAUUUAUAGAGUUAUUGAAGUGGUCAUCACGAACAGAAAAGACUGCUGUGCCGAACGAAUAAAUGGAGCAGAGAUUCACAUCGGAAACUCUUUGGAGAACAACGGCAACAACAAUCCCAUAUGUGCUGUUAUUGCUGCUAUUCCAGCAGGUCAGUCCUACAGCUUCUCAUGUAACGGGAUGGAGGGGCGUUACGUGAAUCUGAUCAUUCCUGGAGACAUGAAGAUACUCACUCUGUGUGAGGUGGAGUUAAUAUGGAGAAGGUAUGACAAUAUUUUUAGCACCCCCACAGGACACCACAAGGAACCUGGUCAGAUGCCUUCUCCAAAUCCACAUGUGGACUGGUUGGGCAAACACCCAGGAACCUUCCAGUAUCCUGAAGAGGGUAUAGAGCUGGUCCAGUGUUCGACAUCCAGGACAAACCCACAUUGUUCCUCUUGA